CGGUAAAUGUCAGGCGAGCAUCUUUGAAGGAGGUGUGUCUUGUCUUUCAGGCCGAAAACGAAACCUAACCUCGGCGUGUGCGACUUUAAUCCCUGGAAAAGCUUCGGUAACACGAAACGCGAGUGUUGCAGUGACCCUCAGGCAUGGCGGUGCAAAUAUCAACUCUAUAUUCAUAUGUCAGAGCCCUCCCUGUGACCGCCGGCCCCCUGUGCCGUGUGCGGGCUGACUUCCAGAGAGCCAGUGUCAGGUUCAAUCUCACUGUCGCCACUGGACGCUCCCACCUGGGGGGACAGCCAGCAACAGGUCCCCUUCGCGGCCAUAUUAAGACGUUUUCAACAACACAAGCAACAACAGAAGCUUUUCAGAAGUCCAGUCAGGGGAACGGUGCCUCCUCACCACGGUGGAGGAGAGGGUGGCUGCUGGGUAAGGUGACCGUCGGUGCGGUCAUUGGAGUGAGCUCAGCCGCCCUAGUGCAGUCUCUCCACACCGGGACCGUGGCCGCCAUGGCCCGUAAAGUUAACCUGACCUCCGCUGAUGGAAACUGGAAGGACACCAAGGAAUUCCUGCUGUCUCUGUCAGUGAAGGACAGGCGUCAGUACUACAGGACAACUGACUUUGUGCCACUGGACGACAUUCCAGUGUGGACUCCCUCUGCAGAUGGUCCUAAGCCAGGCCUCUACCCAAGAAAUGAAAAGUUGGAUCAGAAGAUUUCCCUCUACACUGGCGACAUCACCAAGCUGGAGAUUGAUGCUAUUGUUAAUGCAGCCAACAACACCCUGCUUGGUGGAGGUGGAGUGGAUGGAGCGAUCCAUCGCGCUGCGGGUCCCGUGCUAAAAAAGGAGUGCGCUUCCCUCCACGGGUGUGAGACUGGAGAGGCCAAGAUCACCUGCGGCUACGGUCUGCCAGCAAAGUAUGUGAUCCACACUGUGGGGCCAAUUGCUCAGGGAGGAGUUGGAGAGGAGCAGCGGAAAGCUCUGAGGUCCUGCUACGACAACAGCCUGAAAACAGCCACGGAAAAAUCUGCACGAUCUGUGGCUUUCCCCUGCAUCUCCACUGGAAUCUAUGGAUAUCCACCUGAAAAGGCUGUGCAUGAGGCGUUGGCAACUGUGAGGGAGUAUCUAGACGAACAUCAUGACAAGCUGGACAGAGUCAUCUUCUGUGUGUUCUUGCCCAUGGAUAAGGAGCUGUACAUGCAGAAUCUCCCGCUCUACUUCCCUGCUGCCUGACCAGUGACAGCAGCUUAUUGUUCAGCCUCCCCAGAAUCCACUGUCAGGAGUAAACUCUGAGAGUGGAUCUGUCAGAUUGUGUUGCCGUGGCUACACUCUCUCUCUCUCAGCAUCCAGACUCUUCCUCCUCCUCCUUCUCCUCCUCCUCCUCGCUGUUGACGUGUAUCCAGACCUUCUUCAGCUGGAAGAUGUGAUUGCUUCUUCUUUCCUCCUGAAGGUUAAGGUUGUUUUGUUUUGAGGCGCACACACUAGUGCUUCCGCAGAUGUCGAUUACGCUCUCUGUUUUCUCCCACUAAUGGUUCAGUUUGUGAAAGUUUUCAAAACGCAAAGUGUGCAAUGACAGCGACGGUGUCUCUUUCCGCACAAGUUCCCGUCGUCUGAAAGGAUUUCAUUUCACCGUCGUUAUUAGCUUCUACAACAUUUGUUGGUUCUUGUGUUGAGUCUGAGCCACAGUGUGUGAGAUUCCACUGUGUGCGCAUGUGUGUGAGACAAUGAUCAAAGCUUAUUAAAGGGAAUCGCACAGGCUUCUUGUGUGCGUCGGUGUGAAUUGAUUAUUUCUCGAGAUGCAAUAUGAGUCAGUGAGCUGAGCACCACAAGGGAACACUUGACAUGAAUAUUUCCUCCCUUGUUUUCUCUUGUCUGAAAGUGAUGGAGACAGAAUGAGGGAUUCUUCUGUCUCUGCAAUUUGACGACGAACGAUAAAUAGUUUAACACUGA